UCUUUAGCGAGUCGGAGUUGCGCACUCAACCGUUUUGACGAAAAUCAAGUGUAUCAACCACCCUGUACCUGCUCAUCCCCCCAGAACCGGCCACUGCACGCCAUGGACGUCAUCCAUAGUCUGGUCGCGGACGAGCUAGCCGCGGCAAACUUCAGCGACAAAUUCGAAUAUGGUGAGCAGGACCUGGGAUCCGAUGAAAUUCGUGUCCUCGUGGUCAUGCCAGAUUGCUAUCAAGAAGAUCGCAAAGACAUCCAUUGUUACAUGAUACGAAUGGAUCUGGCCGCAACGGAGCGGUUUGGACUGGACAAAUACCCAUUUGUGGCAUUGUCCUACGUUUGGGGAUCACAGGAGGACAAAAAGUCAAUUUUCAUCAAUGGAAAGACGAUCCAAGUCACCAAGAAUCUCUAUGAGGCCUUGCUCCACAUACGAGAGGUACUCUCGCCUGUGCCGAUGUGGAUAGAUGCGGUUUGCAUCAAUCAGAACAAUGACGAAGAGAAAGGGAAACAAUUGAGAAAGAUGACCGCCAUAUACCGUCAAGCUUCCGCCGUAAUUAUUUGGCUAGGUCCUGCUGAAGGGGACGACACAGAUCCCUACGGCGUUUAUCGCGGCGAGUUUGCAUUUGCAGCAAAUUUUCUUGCCUCGGUCGGCGACACACACGCUUUUCUAUCCAAGCAGGAAGAUCACGCGAGUUAUAACGCCUGGGUUCUGUCCAAAGGCCCAGGGCUGUCACCCUUGCAUGCAGUCUUGUGGGCUAUCUGUUCUCUGCCCCUGUGGACACGAGUUUGGAUCAUGCAGGAGAUUGUCCUAGCUGGGCCAGACGCUUUCAUCCUAUGGGGCCAAAAGAUAAUAGACUUUAAGGUCAUGGACGAACUUCUAAAAGCCCGUCAGCAAUUUCGACCAGUCAAUCUCCUGUCCGAGGACUCCGCGGUAUCUUUGAAACGAUUUGUGAUGGCCACACAAAUCAUCGGCCUUCGAUUCAAGAAAGUGGGGCUUUUGGAGGCAAUGCUUGCAGUCCGGUACAGAUCGGCUUCAAACCCGCAUGAUUAUCUCUAUGGUCUUCUCGGCUUCGCGGAAGAUGGACGUCUCUUCGAGCCUGAUUAUAAGAAGCCUAUUCAAGAUGUCUUCCUCGAAAUCUUCGAUGCCAUUAUGGGGACAGGGACCAACUUGGGAAGGAGAAUCAAUGUCGAGCAAGCAAUUAACCUUGAUAUUCUCAGUACGUGUGACCGCGGUUGGCAGGAGGUGUCAUCCACGCCAGAACGAAGCGAAACCCAAGAGUGGCCUACUUGGCUCCCAGACUGGUCCUGGACGCCAAUCAAGCAGCUGUCAGAUGAUUAUUGCUCAGAUGACAUGAUGUAUCAAUCUCAUGUGCGGUCCCUGCUCUUGGACUCGCAAGACUACACGCCAAUCGAUCUCAAUGCCUGUGGAUCAAAACACAAUGCCAAGGUUUCUCGGAGUGUGUUGCAAUUGAGGGUUCACGGCAUAGAGUACGACACGGUGAGAGAAAUAAUUGGCCAUGAGACUGGGGUUGACUUUGACAAUACGGAUUUCUGGGUGGAUUUCGUCAAAGAGAAGUGGGAUAAAGGUCUCCUCAACCUGCACAACGUGUAUGAAAGCCUGGACGUUCUCAGGCACGCAUGUGAGCGAACAGCCAGGUAUGGGCACGAAACCAAUGUCAUCAUGGCUAAAGGUCCCAAGAUGAAGGCUUUCGAUGUGGAAGAAGCUGGAAGAAGUUCAGGGCUGGGACUCUGUCAUGCCGACAGCGCCACUCCGAGAGCAUCUGAGCCGUUCGACGAGGGUGAAAAGGUCGAAGGUGUAACUCCUGAAGGAAAGGGGUCUUGGAACCCAACAACGUACUUGUCAAUCGGAACAAGCAAGAGCAGCUAUUGUAUCACACAGCGAGGAUAUUUCGGCCGAAGCCCAAUGCCGCCCCAGGUCGGAGACAAGGUCUGCAUAUUUCACGGUGGCAAAGUUCCCUUCCUACUGAGGCCCCAGGAAAAUUCUGAUCAUUUCAAGUUGGCGGGGGAGAUCUAUAUCCACGGCAUUAUGAAAGGGGCUGCAAUGAACGCGAUGAAGGAUGAAGCGAAAGACUUCGUUCUCAUUUAAGCCUCGCCUCAUAGUCAUCAAGACAUGCAAUUUGGGAGCACAAUCUUCGUUACGAUCGCGGAGCAAUAUCCGGCAUUUAAGAAUGAUGCACGAUACCAAUCUGCAUCAAAGCGCCACAAUACAACAGAUUAUACUCAUUCGCUAAACAAUAUCUUGUUGUUCAA